AUGUCCGACGACGCCCUGUUGCCGAAGGCAACGGUGCAGAAGAUGGUCAAGGCGGCGCUCCCGGAGGGGAUGAGGUUGUCGGGCGACUUCAUGGCGCCGCUGUUGGCGUGUGCGGAGGAGAUGAUUCAGUUCGUGGGGGGGCAGGCACAGGAGGCCUGUGCGAACGCGAAGAAGUCGCUGAUCACUCCGGAGCACGUCGUGCAGGCGCUCAGAGAUCUCAAUAUGGAGGACCUAGUGCCGUUCGCGGAGGAGACCGCGCGCGAGCUCCUGGAGGAGAGCAAGGCGGUGAAGCGGGACAAGAAGGCGAAGAAGAAGAACAAGCUGACGGACGAGGAGCUCAUCAAGGCGCAGGAGGAAAUGUUCCGCGCGGUGCACGAACGGCAGCGGGCCGCGGGGCUCGACCCGUCCGCGCUCAUGAUCGCGGCGGCGCAGCCGUCGGCGCCCGCGCCACAGCAGGACGAGGGCAGCGACCUGUCGAUAUAG